AUGUACGCAGCUUUUUGUGGGAGCGCUCAGCACGUACAGCCGGUUCAAAUGGGUGUUGUCGACAACGAAGGCAAGUCACUGAUUGCGACGGCUGCACUUGCUUUUUUUUUUUUUACAUCCACCACCAGCCGCCACCAUCAUCCUCGCUGUGUUAAUUCCUACGCCGCACAGUCUGGUAACAAGUUUCGGAUGAUAUGGGAAGAACGAGUCGCAUAUAGGAAGCUUUUAUUUGCCGUGGCUCAUCGAGUUUUGCGUGUCAUGUCGCGUCAGGAAGUGAUGGCAACUGUGUCAAGUAAUUGGCCGCCCUUACUCGCUAGGAUUGAUUACUCCCUGUUGAAGAUGUUACAGUCCAAGGCUUCUUAUUUUCUGCCGAAAAGCAUUAGCGAACAGCACCGUGUAGAAGAAGACGAAAUAAUCAAAUCUUGGCGCGUUGCUGUCAGUAGGCGCCUGUAUCCGUGGGAUUUAAUUUGA